AUGUCUUUUCUUGACAGGUUAUUGUCGGAACUCGAAUCGCCGCAUUGGUGGCCUUUUGGUGGCAAACUUUUGAAGGGCACAUUAGACACAAAGCCGAAGGAAGCCCCCUCGGUUCCAGGUUCCAGAAACAACGAUGGUACAAUAUUGCGCAUCCCAGUUGUUAUAACUGAAAGGACCGAUUCUAGCGUGAAACCUGGCAAACUCGCCCUCCUCGCUUCUGGCCUGGAGAUCAGCGACUCCUGUUCUCAGCUCCUUCACCGAUUUGACAAGAAGGACGUGGAUGACAUCAAAGUCCACACUCCGUACGAAAUCAGCAUCCGCCAGCGGUUCAUCGGGAAGCCAGACAUCAGCUAUCGGCUGUUGUCGGCGAAGAUGCCCGAAGCCAUCCCUGUCUUAGAGGUGCAGUUCAGCAAGAAAAUGCAGUUCAUGGAGGACGCUCUGGGGCUCGUUGGAGCACGGAAGACACCUCAGGAGGAAGCUGGCUCUUCUAUUUGGCAAGCAGAAUUUGCUAAAAACCCCAAUGCAUUUGCAAGCCAACCUGUUGAGAAAUAG